UCCUAUCCUCCUAAAAGACAUCGUUAUCUUUGAUCCGCACAACAUUAAUCCCCUCGUCCAAUUAGACCAUGUUUUAUGCGAUCAUCUUUCUGUUAAAAUCGCUUCCAAAGCAGCCGAGGAGUGAGUUCGAGGGAGUAACAUGAUCCUAGAUUCCAACACUAGUAGUAUAAUUUGUAUUGAAGUUGCAAAAUAUAUUUCUUUAAAAUAUUCAUUUGGUUCCUUAACUUUUUUUUUUACUAAAUAGAUUUUUGAAAAUCUCAUAAAAGAAUAAAAAUUUACUUUCUCAAUACCCAACAUUGGAAUUACCUAGAAUUAAAGAAUCAGUCACAUAUACACUUCUUGAAUAACAAAGAUUUGAAUAAUAGACUUUAUCAAUAUUUUAAGAAUUCAUAAAUCGAUAAACUAGAAUCUCAACUAAACCUUUUUUUAGGUUGUUAACAUCCCCUAAAAUAUUCCCUUCUAAAUACAUUAUAGAAAGCCUUACAUAAAUAAGUAAAAAGGAAAAGUAGAUUUACUUUAUACAGUACAUAAAGGUUACAAUACUUACCCUUACCCUAUAAGGAUUUGCGCGAUCGAGUUCUUCGUUUACAUUCUCUCCCUUGCUUGAUAUUUUUCCCUCUUGAUCGCCUCCUAUUUCUCGAUAACUUGAUCGUUGUAAUAGUUUUGAUCGAUGGACGACGAUUAUAUGAGCUACGAGGAGGAGGAGGAGGAGGAGGACUAUGAUUCCUUCGAUCAAUAUCAGGAGGAUUAUUACGAGGAGCCAGAGUUGCAACGCGUGUCCUCCAAAAACUCAACGUGCCAAAUCAUCACGAUGGAAUCUCUUGUAGCGGCACAGAAGGAAGUUUUGGUUAGGGUUAUGGAGUCCUUAUCGGUCAAGGAGAGCCAAGCUAGGACACUUCUUAUUCAUUACCAGUGGAACGUGGACAACUUGUUCGCUGUCUAUAUCGAGAGAGGCAAAGAAAGCUUGUUCAAAAGUGCUGGUCUUAGCGUCUUUGAUCAUCCUUCUUUGAGUAAAUCGAGGAAGAAGAUGGCUUGUGACAUCUGCAUGGAAGAUGAUUUACCAAGUCAUGCGAUGACGGGAAUGGAGUGUGGUCAUUCCUUUUGCAAUGAUUGUUGGAAAGAGCAUUUUACUAUCAAGAUAAACGAAGGUCAGAGCAAAAGGAUCGCAUGCAUGGCUCAUAAAUGCAACGCGAUUUGCGAUGCAGAUGCUGUUAGGACGCUAGUUUGUCCCGAGUUAGCUGAGAAGUUUGAUCGUUUCCUCGUUGAGUCAUACGUGGACGAUAACAAACUCGUCAAGUGGUGUCCAAGCACACCGCACUGCGGGAACGCGAUAAGAAAAGUGGAUGAUGAUGGAGGCGAGGUUGAAUGUUCGUGUGGUCAUCAGUUCUGUUUCACCUGUCUUGGUGAGUCCCACUCUCCUUGCUCUUGCUUGAUGUGGAAGCUAUGGACCAAGAAGUGUGAAGAUGAGUCUGAGUCAGUUACUUGGUUAACCAUUCACACGAGGAUGUGUCCCAAAUGCAGCAAACCUGUUCACAAGACUGUUGGAUGUAAUCUCGUGACUUGUAUUUGCGGACAGUAUUUUUGUUGGCUGUGUGGUGGAGCUACUGGAAGAGACCAUACCUGGACGAGCAUCUCGGGUCAUGAUUGUGGUAGGUACAAAGAAGACAAAGUGAGGCAAACGGAGAGAGCCAACAGGGAUUCAGAUAGGUACGCACAUUAUCUUCACCAAUACAAAUCACACACCGAUUCUUCGAAGCAAGAGGACGAACUUAGAAAGAUUGUUCGUGAGAAGGCAGCCUUGGUGACAUCAAAGACUAAAGAUUCAACAUUUAAAACCAUGGACUGGGCAAUAAACGGAGCCGACCUAUUAUUCAGAUCACGAAAAAUACUUUCAAAGUCGUAUCCUUUCGCCUUCUACAUGUUUGGAGAAGAGCUCUUUAAAGAUAAGAUGAGCGAUGAAGACAGAGAGAUAAAGAAGAAUCUGUUUGAAAACCAGCAGCAGCAACUCACAGGUAAUAUUGAGACACUAUCAAAGAUUCUAAACGUGUCUUUUGAUGAGUAUAGCUCUGAUGAGUUAAAGAAGAUGAGGGGUGAGACCAGAGAUAUUGGUCUUGUGGUUGAUAAAGUCUGCAAAUUAAUGUAUGAGUGCAUUGAGAAUGACUUAUUGGGUACAGCUCAAGAUGGAAUCAACCAUAGCAUUUCACCUUACAGAUCAGAGGGGAUAGAGAAAGCAGUUGAGUUUUUGUGCUGACGUA